UCUGUGCAACCUGCUUAGAGUGACACAGUGUGCGUAGGAAGCGAUUUCACUUUAUGUAAGUAUUUUUUCGGGUAUUUGUGGAGUAAACCAGGCGUCAUGGCUUCUUUCCUUGGACUUAUUUUUCCACUUGUGAGUUUCUUUGGUGGCAUAUUUAUCUCCUAAGACACUCGCGUAGUUUGGUGCACUUUGUCCCGAGGCUGCAAACACCGCUACGGGAGUCCGCAAUGACGACCAGAAAAGUUUUGCAGUUUUGCGCGUUUUUCUUGAGGGACUACUUCAAAUGGCUUGACGCAAGAAGUGUGCCAGAAGUCCGCUUCUGAUCUCAGGACUCGUCUGUAACGUUUGGUGACCGUUCUUACGCACGUCUUUUAAAGCGACCCGAAGGAUCAAGGCGCCCAAAACCAUGACGCUGUGUUGGUUCGCCUUGGUCGGGUUGUGCUUGGCCGCCUGUGACUUCACCUCCUCGGCGGCGUGGAGCCACUUCUCGCCGGACAGCCAAGCGCACCCGGGCUUCCUCCAGCGGCGCCUCAGGACGCACGAAAGGAGGGAGAUGCAGAAGGAGAUCCUGUCCAUCCUGGGACUGCCGCACAGACCCAGACCGCAUCUGUCCCACGCCAAGUACAACUCGGCUCCGCUUUUCAUGCUGGACCUGUACAACACCAUAUCCAUAACCGGCGAGGACGUGAACCACGCGGAUGCCUUGUUGGAGCCUUACGAGCCGGUGCGGACCACCCGGAGCCCCCCGCUGGCCACGUAUCAAGAAGCGGCCUUUCUCAACGACGCCGACAUGGUGAUGAGCUUCGUUAACUUGGUGGAGCAUGACCGGCAGCUCUCUGCAGAGCGGCGCCACCACAAGGAGUUUAAGUUCAACCUGUCGCAGAUCCCCGAAGGCGAGGCCGUGACGGCGGCCGAGUUCCGCCUGUACAAAGAGUGCGUGGGCCGAGCCUUCCGCAACGACACCUUCCUCCUCAGAGUCUACCAAGUGGUCAAGGAGCACUCGGACAGGGAUGCCGACCUGUUCCUGUUGGAGUCUCGCCGGCUGUGGGCCCUGGAGGAGGGCUGGUUGGAGUUCGACAUCACGGCCACCAGCAAUCUAUGGGUGAUGAGUCCAGUCCACAAUCUGGGCCUGCAGGUCAGCGUGGAGUCGAGCAGCGGACACAGCAUCAGCCCAAAAGACGCGGGGCUUAUCAGUCGCGACGGCGCUCUGGAGAAGCAGCCCUUCAUGGUGGCGUUCUUCAAGGUCAGUGAAGUGCACGCCCGCACGGCCCGCUCCACCGGCGGCAAGCGUCAGCGCCAGCAGAACCGAAACCGAUCCACGCAGACUCAGGAGACGUCCAGAGGUCCCGGUCAAGCAGACUACAACAGCAGCGAUCAGAAGACGGCCUGCAGAAGACACGAGCUCUACGUCAGCUUUCGAGAGCUGGGCUGGCAGGAUUGGAUCAUCGCUCCCGAAGGCUACGCGGCCAACUACUGCGACGGCGAGUGCUCCUUCCCCCUCAACGCCCACAUGAACGCAACCAACCACGCCAUCGUGCAGACACUGGUGCACCUGAUGAACCCCGAAAACGUCCCCAAGCCCUGCUGCGCCCCCACGAAGCUCCACGCCAUCUCAGUGCUCUACUUUGACGACAACUCUAACGUUAUUUUGAAGAAAUAUAAGAACAUGGUGGUGCGGGCUUGUGGGUGCCACUGACCCCUACACCCCCGACCCCCCCAAGGAGUCCAACAAGCAUUGAAUGGGGGCCAUGGACGUCUGUUAAUGAGGCACCUUCUCCAUCAUUGGACUGCUUGAUGUUGGAAGCGUUGUCACCCGCCAAGGUUAGAGCGAUGCUAAUUUCAUAUCAUUCCACCUUCCAGAACAAUUCAUUAUCUUCACCUCCCAGUGGCCGUUAAGUUUUUAUCAGGUCUUAUGAGUCCAAAGUCCAUCCAGAAGACAAUCGAACAAGAGCGUGUCUCCUUUUGGUAAGUUGCUAAUUUGCAGUUUGGUUCCCUUUCCCCUCCUGUUUGCGUCUCCAGUCAUAUUUACACUCCCGAAAUAUGACUGACUAAACCUCAAGUGUCCGCAGGCUAUUUUAGCAGCCUCACUGUCAAUAUUUGCUCGUACAACGUGAUGCAUGUUGUGGCUAAAGGUAAUGUUCUCGUCCAAACAAGCUAAUAGUACAUCUUUAUACGUCUGACGUGCCCAAAACAUCUUUUUGCUUUUUCAGCAAGGUUACUGUGGAACUAAACGUAAUAGCAAUAAUCUAAAACACCUUUUUGUGCCGACUAGCAAAUACAAAAUAUACCUCCGGUAAGCUGCUGUUUACAUUUGUGAUCGUGUUUAGACUGUUUUUUGUAAAUACUUGUACAUUGUGUUUAUUUAUUGCACAUUUUAUUAAGAAAAAUAAAUGACACCUUACUAUAAAAGAUCAGAACAAAACUGAACUAUUUUUGGAUUUUUUUUUAUUAUCAAACGUCAUGUUACAAUUUGCUAUUACUUCUUGUACAAGUCACAAGGGACCCCACAGUGCUUCCCAUAAAGAUUGCCUAACCCAAGACUGCUUUGUGUGUUUGUAGCAGGUAUCAUUUACACGUGGUGUAAAUAUGGACAAACACUUGCUAAUUCAGUGCUUUGAGCAACAGAAAACCAACCGCUGCAAAAAGGAAAGUCUUACUUAGUGGCGAGAGGACGGCAGCACUGUCCGGGCCUAAGCCGAGUGGUGGGGGCGUGUCCCUGAGAAGUCAGAAAAGAGGUAUGCCUUCCGAGUACCGCAUCAUCAAUGAAAAGUUAACAUAGAACAGACCCCCACGGAUACGAGUGGAAGAAUACAGAACCCAAAAGGCGGAAGCGGCUUGGAAAAGCUCCCCCCCGCUUUAGUGGAUCAGUGAGAAAUACAUUCACAUAUCAGAGACACCCCCGCUGGAGUAAAAGGUUAAAGCCCCGCCCACCUCCGUGUCCUUAUAACUCAUCCCUGGCCUGCUGCAUCACGAAGCUGUGCAGGCUGUCCAGAUCCCGACUGCCGUUGUACUCGUUCCCUUGCUUCCCUGCCCGGAAGAUGAUGAGGGUGGGGUACCCUUCAACCUGUAGGGGAACAUGACAUCAUGUGGCCGCCUCCCCUUCAUUCUGACUAAAUAGAUUCCUUUCUCUAUAAGAACUGUGCUUGGAGUACUUACAGAGUACUUGUUGCAGAGGGUACGCUCCACAGUGCAGUCCACUUUGGCGACCUUGACGUCCGUGAGACCAGGGAAGUCCUUGUUGGGGAGAUCCUCCCAGACUGGAGCCAGUCUUAGGCAGUGGCCGCACCUGCGCAAUGGAGCGUUAUUUUUAUUCUAUUCUGCUAAUACCAAAUAUUAUUUAUUCCUACUUCUUCUGUCACCUUUUUAAUUAGCUCUUGUGCUUCCCCACAACUGAAGGCAGUGGUAUGAUCCGCUAAUACAAAUGUUAUGUCAUUUUACAGAUUGAUACACAUUGAUAUGCAUGUUGAAGAGUUUGGUUUGGUCACAGUAUUGACCCCUGGGGUACUCCUCACAUUAAAUUUAAACUUGCAGAACCACUGAUACACAUCGAUGGAUCAUUUCAGACAGCUAAAGUAGUACAAAGUAGUACAAUUAAUCAUGAUAUCCUA